GGUCUCCAUGGAGACGGCUUCGCCUAGCAACCCAGCGGGCGUUGAGCAGAGCCGCUGGCCUGAUGGACGCCGAGGGCCUCCUGCUGUCGCUGGAGCUGGCGUCGGGCAGUGGGCAAGGCCUCGGCCCGGACCGUCGGGCCUCUCUGCUCACUUCCCUUAUGCUGGUUAAGCGCGACUACCGCUAUGAUCGGGUCCUGUUCUGGGGCCGCAUCCUCGGCCUCGUCUCCGAUUACUACAUCGCACAGGGGCUGAGCGAGGAUCAGCUGGCACCGCGCAAGACACUCUACAGCCUGAACUGCACGGAGUGGAGCCUCUUGCCGCCUGCCACAGAGGAGAUGGUGGCGCAGACGUCUGUGGUGAAAGGCCGCUUCAUGGGAGACCCCUCACAUGAGUAUGAACACACUGAGCUGCAGAAGGUGAACGAGGGUGAAAAGGUCUUUGAAGAAGAAGUAGUGGUCCAGAUCAAGGAAGAGACCCGCUUGGUGUCCAUCAUUGACCAGAUUGACAAGGCUGUGGCCAUCAUCCCCCGAGGUGCCCUCUUCAAGACUCCUUUCGGACCCACCCAUGUCAAUCGGACCUUUGAAGGACUGUCCUUGUCUGAGGCCAAGAAGCUCACUUCCUACUUCCACUUCAGAGAGCCUAUUGAGCUGAAGAAUAAGACCUUGCUUGAGAAGGCUGACCUGGACCCCUCCCUGGAUUUCAUGGACUCCUUGGAGCAUGACAUCCCCAAAGGGUCCUGGAGCAUCCAGAUGGAGAGAGGCAACGCGUUGGUGGUGCUGCGCAGCCUGCUCUGGCCGGGCCUCACCUUCUACCAUGCUCCCCGCACCAAGAACUAUGGCUACAUCUACGUGGGCACUGGUGAGAAGAACAUAGACUUGCCCUUCAUGCUGUAGGAUGGGGGCCAGCCUGGAUAUUUUUGUUUUCAUAAAUUUCAGUAAACUUGGCCUGUUUGUUCUGUCCUGCCUCCCCUCAUCUUCACAUCCAUCCGGUUCCAGGCUCUGAGGAGAGGCCCACAGAGCCAGAAAACCCAUCUCUAAAGCAAGUGGAAGAGGGCUGGAAUGAGAUACUAGGGCCAGGCGUGAUGGCUCACAUUUGUAAUCCCAGCACUUUUGGA